CAAUUAAUUCAUCAAGAGAUUUUAUUGAAGAAUUUUUUAAAAAUUAUUCGUAAGAAAUGAUUAUGUGCAUAUCAUAUAGAAAUAUUUCUUUGUGCAUUUUCCUAUUCUUCUAGAGUGGGUUUUAUAUUUAAAUUUAUUUUGAAUAGGUUUUCAUAAAAAAGAAACAAAUAUUUAAUAAUGUUGACAAUGAAUUUGUUUUGUCAUCAUUGACAUUUAUUAAUCAUCGAAGUUUUAUCUGAUUGUCAGAUAAAGAGAGAAGAAAUGCGGAGUGAUUGUUUUUUCCUUAACAAUUCUUUAUCAAUUUUUCUCAGCAGAACUACGAUCGUCUCUAUUUACCAAAAUCUAAACGCUAACAUUGUUUAUAUCUAAUUAAGUGCGAAUACUCGUAAAAGAUAAUCUAUCCGAUUACUUUCAAUAAGAUUUGUUGAAAGUAGUUGCGAUCGUCUUCUCCAACUAAAAUCUAAAUAUUCUACGAUAAAUUGAUAAUUGUAGAUUUCUGAAAAAAAAUUGGUUUUAUUCUUAAAUGCAAAUAUGUUGAAUAAUGUUGUUGAUCAGAAUUGAAAAGAAGAAAAAAAGUGUUUUUGACAGUGACCUAUCAUCAUUAGUCAACAAAUAAUAAAUUGCUUUUUUCUAAAUGAGUUCGUUUCUGAUCAAAGAACAAAUUUUAUGAUUGAUCAAAUCGAUAAUUCAUAAUUUAUUUAAAUCAAAAUCUGAGCAUCUUAUACGACUUUUUUCAUUUCUUUUUCGAAUAAAUCUUUUUAUUCAAUUUUGAAGCAAAAGAUAAGUUUUUGACUGAGCUUAACAGUAAAAAAAAGAAAGGUUAGAGAGUAAUAGUCUGAUUAUAAUCGAUAGAUGUUGAAAUUUAUGAUUUCGUGCAGGUAGAUUUUCAAUGUUUCAUAUAUUUAAGAAUGAAGAAAAGUUUUGUAUUCUAUAUAAAUGUAAUUAACUUUUUAAUAAUUAUAUUUACCGAAGAUUUUUUUUUCUAAAGAUUUUAUUUGAUGAAAUACUUAUUUUAAUUUGUAUAUUUGUUACAGGUGCAUAGUUAUAUAACUCUUUAUGUAAAAUGUGCCCAUCAGUAGAUUUGGUAAGAAAAAUUUUUUUAUAAAAAAACAAAUAUUCGAGAAAAAAAACUUGUUGUUAUUGGUUUUUUUUUAAAGAACCUGCUCAUCUAUUAUUUGUAACGUGUCUUUUACCAAAUGAACAGUAUUUAUCUGUAUUAAAUAUUGUCUUAAAUCGUACAAAUGACAGUGAAAUAAUUGUUAAAUCAAAAGAACGUCUUAUAUUUCAUGUUGGUUUUCGUCAUUUUUCAAGUUCACCGAUUUAUUCUCAACAUUCAAAUUCAGAUAAACAUAAAUUUGAAAGACUUUUUCGGUCACGACAAACUCUUGUUGCAACAUGUUUUGAUCCAAUAACAUAUCCACCUGCAUCGAUUUUGGCAUUUAAACAAUUUCCUGAUGAUAAAGGUCGUCAAGAAUUAGUAGCAACUGAUUCUCUUCUUUCAGUUAAUCAUGAUCGUAUUAUAUUAAAAAGACUAUUAUUAAGUGGACAUCCAUUUAAAAUUCAUAAAAGAUUAUCUGUUACUCGAUAUAUGUUUUUUUAA